AUGGCUUUCAAAAUGGAAUCAAGUCAACUCAAAAUCGCGGAGAAACUCGUCAUUCUUAAUGAUCGUGCUGUUGGAAUGUUGACAAGAAUUUAUAACAUAAAAAAGGCGUGUGCAGAUCCCAAGUCGAAACCGGCCUUUCUCAGUGAUAAGCAUAUGGAGAAUGCCGUUAAACAUAUUGCACGCAAAUUCCCUGUUGUUGACGCCAGGAUGAACACCUCCACAUUCCACUAUGUUGACACCAUGAAGGAGGAUAUAAUUAAAUCUCUGGGUUUAUACUACUACACAUUUGCUGAUCUGAUGGAUCUGAAGGAUAAUAUACUGCAACUUUUGACAACUAUGGAUGCUUGUCAGUGUCAGCUCGACAUUUCGCUUAAUUAUGAACUGACAGCAGGAUACCUUAAUCUGGUUGUAAAUCUUAUUUGCCUGAUGGUUCUUCUCUCUCGCGUCGAUGAUCGUAAAGUUGUUUUGGGACUGUUCAAUGCUGCAUAUGAUUUGACGCACGUGCAAAGCGAAGCCUCGUUUCCACGUUUAGGUCAAAUGAUUCUGGAUUACGAGCAUCCUCUGAAGAAACUUAGCGAAGACCUUGGACCCUUGAAUCGAUUGAUUUCGUCAGCGCUUUCGUCCCUUUCUCCUGUCUAUCUUCGUCGAAAUAUUACUGCAAAUACAUGGAGGAAUGCUCAAAUUCUCUCUCUUACGGCCAAUCCCCAUCAAAUUUUAUACGCAGCUCAAACGGAUACGAUCGCGUGCGAAUAUCUCUCUUUGGAUGUUAUGGAUCGAUGGAUUGUCUUAUGUACAACUGUAUGCCAUUCCUCUUUGUUAAACGAUAAGAUCAUAUUUAAUCUAUGGCAGAUGUCUCUUCAAAUGGGUGUUUGCAUACGACUGUUCAGAGAUGAGGUUCUCCAAACUCAUCACGAAAUACAGCAGUUUUUCGACUCUAUAAAGGGAUAUCAUAAGCGAUCUCAGGAAGUCAAGGACUGUUUCUCGAUAGCACUGCAACAAAGCGCCUCUAUUCACGCUGAUCGUCGACGAUUUCUCCGUGUUGCACUUCGUGAACUUUGUCUUUUUAUUAAAGAUCAACCUGGUUUACUGGGCCCGAAAAUUCUGUUUGUCUGGAUGGCGCUCUCAUUCACCAGAGAUGAAGUAAUGCCUUUUUUACUUUCUUUUUGCUUCAUUCUAGUUACUAAAGCUGUUUUCAAGGUAUUAUGGCUUCUCCGGCAUCUCAGUGAAUGGCCUUCAUCAAAUAAAAAAGGAAGCAAACAGUGUGAUGAGCUGGUGGAUCGUCAGCUACCUGAGCUUCUUUACUACAUGCUUGAGUUGAGGCAAUUAGUAACGAAGCAUAGCGAUGUAAUACAGCGGUAUUAUUUGAAGGUCAAUCUUGUUCAUGUUGUUUUUCUAAUGAGCUCUUAUUUACAUCAGUGCAAUUUUGUCUUUAAGUAUGUGAACGGUUACGAUGCCAUCAUGACUCGUGAAUUGGUAUCCGCUAUUGGCGAUCUGAAUGAGGAGGACACAGCUAUUUUAUCUGAUUUUGCCACAUCGAUAUCCUCGAUUAAUUCCGACACCGACCUGCGAGCUCUGCGUCUGGACUGGUUCCGUUUCCAGGCAAAAAUGAGCAUGGCAAGGUCAGCAUGCUCGCUGCAGAAAAACCGAAAGCUGGCUAUCGUAAUGAACACGAACGUUUUCCAUUUGAAAAUGAUUGAUCUGCAAGAUGAGAUGCUCAAAGAAACUAGUGAUCUCAGUGUUUACUGGUUCUACAUUAGAACUUUGGAAAGACAAUGGAAAAGUUGUCUCACACUUCCGUCCCAGUCACGAUUUGCUCUCUGCUUUGCUAGAAUUUGCGGGCAUUUCAGUUCUGCCCUGCAUGAUAUGUGUCCUGAAGAAAAAAAUCACAUACUUGAGAAGUCCCUUGCCAUAUGUAACUCAAUCCUGGACGACGUAUGCCAAUCAAUUACCGACGUUGUGGGAGCAUUAUGCGAGUACGAGUUGCGACUGGCAGAGCAAACUUCUCCGAGUACUAUAGCCGCUCAGAUCGUUACUCAGAUGUUGCGAAGCAAGGGUAGCAAAAGCGCUGCAGCAGCUGCAGCUGCUCAAAAAGAUCCUAUUCAAGCUGGAGAAGAAAGUUAUCGCGUGGAUCGGCAGACACUGACUUAUCCAGACAAGCUGCUCACUACUUUGAUCGAACUCUGUGCGGGUGUGGGUCAAUAUCGUCAGCUUUUCAUAUCUGAUCACUUUUUCGCUCCCAGGGAAUACCUUAGUCAACACAUUGAGCACAAAUUCGUUGAACUCAUACUUGCUAUGGCAACCGAUUCCGCAUCUUCCACUCCUCGGAGGCCAUCUGAUCUUUUAAUGAUCAUCCAGUCUUACAUGACUGUCCUGCAGAAUAUUGAUGCUUGCGUUCCGUUGGAUAUAACGCGGCUGUUCAACAAUGUGUUGCUCCAGCAAACACAACCGUUGGACUCACGCAACAAAGAAACGAUGACGUAUCUCGAAGUGGUUUUACGCCGUGCAUCUGCUGGUCAUAUGCUGUGGAGUGAACAUUUACAGGCGAUGAUUCAAGUGGCGAAGGAAACGACUUCGCACCGGAGCAGUAUACUGAUCCAAGAGAUCGUUGUCGCCAAUAAGGAAGUGCUGCACACAGCAAGAACUCAGUUCGAUUGCAGCGAGCGCAUGAAGGAAGUUAUUCAAACGCUUUCUCAUGAACCAAAAAGACAAGAA